UUAACAAACACAGAUCACCGUCUUGUAUAAAAGUGUUAAUAAGUUGGCUUAGUCAUCACUCAAGUUAAAAAAAUCGCAACAGUCGGUAGUGUUACUUGUAAAAAGGCGUCAGUUUAACUUACUUGAGAAAUUUACACAGCGGAAAUGAUUCGUCAAUUAGCGUUGACCGUCCUCCUGGCGGCCGCCGCGCAGUCCGCGCCCACCGUCUGUGACCACUGCCCCGCCGACCACGCCCCGGUGUGUGGCUCCGACCAGAAGACAUAUCACAACGGAUGCUUCCUCACCUGCCUCACUUAUGCCCGUGCGGCUAAAAUCCACGACGGCCCCUGCGGCAGCCCAAGCUCACAAGUACAAGUGGCUAACUCGAAUGGGGUUCAAGUGGCCGAAAACUCCGACCCUUGCACUUGUACUAGAAGCUACAAACCAGUUUGCGGAUCCAAUGGCGAAACUUAUAACAAUGAAUGUUUGUUGAACUGUGUCGCCGCUACAGACGCGAUGGCGAGAUCGCCUGUGGCUAAAAUCCACGACGGCCCCUGUCUCCCAGCCGGCUCGCAAGUGAUAGUGGCCGGCGCGAAUGGGGUUCAAGUGGCCGAAAAUUCGGCUGACCCUUGCACCUGCACUAGGGCUUACAAGCCCGUCUGUGGGACCAACGGGGAGACUUACAACAACGAAUGUCUACUAAACUGUGCAGCUUCGACUUCUUCUGGCGUUGCAUUGAAGCAUGUGGGGGCUUGUGGCUCAGACCAUGUGGCUCCCAGCAAUAAGUGUGAUUGUGGAAGGGACUUGGAGCCGGUGUGUGGUAGUAAUGGGGUGAUGUACAAUAACAAAUGUCUGUUUGAUUGCGCUUUAACUUGGAACACCGGCAUGACAGUGGUUCACCCCUCGCGUUGUGGCCCCCCUCCCCCCUGUUGCAAAAAGCCUUAAGUUUGUUGUAUUCAGGAAUUUACCAAUAAUUAUGUUUAUUUUUCCUAUUUUGUGGCAAUGAACUUAAUAACUUAUUUUUCUCAUGAGCUUAAAAUAGUGACGACAUAACCGUAAUGAAAUUAAAUUAAAACAUAAAUAGGUACUUUAUCUGUUAAUGACUGUCAAGAUAUAGUAAGUAGGUACUUACCUAAGUAUUUUAAAGUAUAAAAAUUGAAAUGUUUUUCACGAAUAAAAAUUAUAAGUUUUAACAA